CAAAGUGGGGCUGGCGGGUACCAACAACAACCAUAACAACAUUCCAUCUCUGUCUGUGCCGUGUCCAGCACACUCGUCGCUCUUUAAAAACAAUAUCGCAGAUUACGUAAACCGUACCUGUUGACUGCCUGCCGCUACGCCUAUUUUUUAGUGUUGAUCCGUUUAGACUGUAUUGCGCAGUGUAUGUUCUGAAUUCUGAAUAUUUUUUUAAGCGUCGUUUUUUUUUUAUAAAACUUAUAAACUAAUCAUGUACCGUCGAUUUGUUGCAUCGGCUGCAGUAAUUGUGCUUUUAAUAGGACUAAGUUUGCACCAAGCUGAUGGUUUACAAUGUUGGGCCUGUUCGAGUGACAUUGACAGGAGCUGCGCGGACAUAUUCAAUACGUCAGAUAUCUUAAGAUACGGAGGGGGAGGAUUUUACCAGUCCGGAUAUCAAUCAGGCUACAACUCACAGUAUGAUCCAUAUAAUUCCAGACCUUACGACAACAGAGACUACGGACGAAGCACAGAAAAUUAUAGGGACACGAACCCUAAACGCGGGCCCUACGAUGAUAGGGACCCGAACUAUAGAAGUCCCGACGACAGAAAUAGAGAUCCCUAUCACAGAGACUCGAACCCACGACCUUACGACGACAGGAACCGAAAUUAUACCGACGGACAAUACCAUAACGAUUCUAGGGGUUAUAGGGACGAUUAUAGAGGCUUUAACCACUCUGACGUGAAUUUUAGGGACUAUAAUAGAACGAAUAAUAACUAUACGAAUUAUCAAGACCAAAGAGAUAGGGAUUAUUAUAAUAGGGACCCUAAUAGGAACCCUAAUGAUAGGGACUAUUAUAACAGGGACUCAAAUAGGAAUUCUAAUGAUAGGGAUUAUAAUAGGGACCCUAAUAGAAAUCCUAAUGAUAGGGACUAUAAUAAUAGGGACCAGUAUGGUAGGUACCCUAACAAUAGAGAUUCUAACUCGAGUUAUGACAGAAACUAUGACUCUCAUAGAGACUAUAAUAAUAGGGAGAGUUCUACUAAUGAUCCUAAUCGCGAUUACAAUCGAAACUAUAAUGAUAGGGACAGGUAUCCUAAUAAUAGGGACAGUUCAACCAGAAACCCUAACGACAGAUAUUCUAAUAAUAGGGAUGACAGGUAUGAUAAUCGCCGGGACUACAACCGUGACCCUAAUAAUAGGGACUCUAACCCUAACAAUCGUGAUUUUGAUAGGGACAACCGAAACUACAGGGACCCCAACAGCAGGGACCCCUACUUUGAUAGGGACCGUAACCGCGACAGGGACUACAACAGGGACUACAAUAACAGGGACUACAAUAACAGGGACUACAAUAACAGAGAUUCCAAUAAUCGGGAUUACAACAACCGAGACAAUAGGGAUCCGUAUUUCGAUAGGGACAACCGCGAUCCCUACAGCAGAGACCCCAAUAACAACCGUGAUUACAAUAAUAGGGACUACAAUAACAGGGACUAUAAUCAGCAAGGAAGGAACUACGAUUCUCAAUACCCUCCCAGGGAUUACAACUACCAGAGGUCGCAAGCGCUGGCUCAGAGUCAAUCUGGAGGACCCAGGCUGGUCACUUGUAACGAGGAGGAGGCCAGGUUAAGGAGAAUGAGGAACGUGUGUGUCAAAAAAGUUCAAAGAAUUGGUGAACAUCAAGUAACUUACAUUCGACGAUGUGAGAUGAUCCCGAUUGAAAGAGACGUUGGUACGUGUUACGAUCCGGUGGCAAGAGGAAUUUCUUUGGAUUUCUGCGAGUACUGCCAGUACGAUGGAUGCAAUUCAGCUAGUGGACUGAAUUUCAACCUGUUCUUGGCUAGUUUAGUGUCCCUAGUAACACUGUUAUCCUUUUGGUCAUAAAAA